AACUUUAUCUGUUUUGUAGAUGGCGAUGAAUCCCUCCACAAACACCAAUUCUUUUCGGCAAAUGCAUAUAAUUUAUGAAAAUCAAGCAAUCAAAGACGGCGAAACAAUCAUUUCUGAUGGUGAGAUGUAUGAACUUGGUUUUUUUAGAACCAAAAAAUCCAAGAAUCGAUAUUUGGGGAUAUGGUACAAGAAAAUCUCAGUCCGUACUGUUGUAUGGGUUGCCAACAGGGACACGCCAAUUAAUGAUACAUCAGGGAUGUUCAAAGUUAGCAAAGAGGGAAACUUGCUGAUUUUUAGUGGGGGCAACACCCCGAUCUGGUCAUCCAAUUCGACCGUGUCAGUGAAGAGUAUAAAUCAAGAAGUGGCGGUGCAGCUUCUGGAUACUGGAAAUCUUGUUGUUUGGGAUCACAAUAGCACCAACAAUAAACUGAUUUGGCAAAGUUUUGACCAUCCGUGUGACACACUGCUACCCGGUAUGAAACUUGGGAAAGAUUUGGUAACGGGCGUACAGAGUUCCCUGAGAUCUUGGAAAAGUCCUGAUGAUCCUUCUAUAGGUAUGUUUACACAUACAAUCAGCGGCACAGAGGGAUAUCCGCAGUUUUUCACGUACCAAGGUGAUACUAUACUAUCGAGAGUUGGACCAUGGAAUGGCCUCGGGUUUAGUGGCUUUCCUACUGACACACCAGAUUCAAUUUACUCAGUUCAUAGUGUUUAUAAUCACAAAGAACUAUAUAAUUUAUAUGAGCUUAGAGGUUCGGUUCUUACGAGGCUAGUUAUAACAUGGGAUGGAAAAGUACUAAUUUUGCAUUGGAUUGAAAGAACUAAAAAAUGGGUAGUGUAUUCAGACCUUGCAGUUGAUAGUUGUGGUCGGUUUGCACUCUGUGGUCCUUACGGAAGCUGUAGCAUCGACAAGCAUCCUCCUUGUAGUUGUAUAGAAGGUUUUGAACCGAGAAACCCAAAAGAAUGGGCUGAAUCUGAUUGGUCAAGUGGGUGUAAGCACAAAAAGCCUAUGAAUUGUGGGAAUGGGUUUCGGAAAUUUACAGGAGUUAAAAUACCAGAUACACGAAGGUCAUCGUAUAAUUACAGCAUGACACUCGAACAAUGUGAGAUGGCAUGCAAAAUGGAUUGUUCGUGUACAGCUUAUGCAAAUAUAGAUAUUAGAAAUGGUGGAAAUGGAUGCUUACAAUGGUUUCAUGACCUAAUUGAUAUCAGAGAGUAUGAUACAAAUCAAAGUCUUUACAUAAGAAUGGAUGCCUCUGACUUGCAAGGUCGUGUAAUCAUCCAGUCUCUCUCUAGUGAGAGGAAAGGAAUACUACUCAUUCUCCUGUCAGUUGCUUCAGUUGUGAUUUUUCUAUCUGCACUAGCAUAUGCCUGUAAAUUGAAAAAGAAAAGGCCUCACAUGAGCGGACAAGGUAACCAGAAGCAUGACUUUCAUAACAAAGAUAAAAGUUUGUGGGUGGAACAGCUUGAUGGUUUACAAUAUUUUAGCCUACGUAAAGUAGUCAAUGCUACGGAUAACUUUAGCGUCUCUCAUAAGAUAGGAGAAGGGGGCUUUGGUCCAGUUUACAAGGGUGUUUUGGAUGGACAAGAAGUAGCUGUGAAACGUCUCUCAGAAACAUCCCGACAAGGGCUGGAGGAGUUCAAAAAUGAAGUCGUUUGUAUUGCCAAACUUCAACAUCGGAAUCUUGUGAAGCUUCUUGGAUACUGCAUCCAUAAGAGUGAACUCAUAUUGAUUUAUGAAUUCUUGGCUAACAAAAGCUUGGACUUUUUUCUCUUUGAUGAAACCAGAAGUUUAAUGCUUGACUGGCCUAAGCGUGCUCAAAUUAUACAUGGAAUAGCAAGAGGUAUUCUGUAUCUACAUCAAGAUUCUCGCCUGCAAAUAAUCCACAGAGAUCUGAAGGCAAGUAAUAUAUUGCUGGACUGUGAUAUGAAUCCAAAAAUUUCAGACUUCGGUCUUGCUAGAACCUUUAUAGGAUGUGAUGCUACUGCUAAGACUAAGAAAGUGGUUGGAACAUUUGGUUAUAUUCCUCCUGAGUAUGCAGUUCACGGGCAUUUCUCUGUAAAGUCAGACGUAUUUAGUUUUGGCGUUCUGAUGCUGGAGAUAAUUAGUGGAAAGAAAAACAGAGAAUUCUCUCACGAAAACCAUAGUGGCAACCUCCUUGGCCAUGCAUGGAAACUUCACAAAGAAAAUGAAAGUAUUGAACUCAUGAGUGCUUCUUUACGCGUCACGUGUAUUGUUCCGGAAGUACUACGAUUUAUACAUGUUGCACUGUUAUGUGUGCAGAAUGAUGUUGAAGAUAGGCCAACUAUGUUGUCAGUGGUUUUGAUGCUGGUCAGUCAGAGUGUGUUACCUGAACCUAAACAACCUGCAUUUUACACCGGGAAGAUAUGCAAGGAAAUUCAGUCUCUUUUGUUAUCUCAAGAAUACAUGAUAACAAAUGUGUAUGCUAGGUAGCAAGUACGUGUUUUAGACAGACAUUGAUACUGUUAACUAAAUUAGGAGUGGUUCUAAAGUCCACUUCUUCCCCAUACUACGAGUGAAAGGGAAAAUGUAAAGACUACCAUUAAAGCAGCCCAAGCGUGACUUACUAUAUCCAUGUGAAUUAUAUCCCUUUUCUGUAUGAUAGAACUCAUCCCCGCCCCCGCCCCCCUUUGUAGAUAUUGAAUUCCUUCACACCCCCAUUUAUUGAAUUGAAUAGAUUUGUAAAGAA